AAUGGCUAGAAACGGAACUCACUUCAGCGAUUCGCAUUUCGAGAAAAAAUUAAACAAUCUCAAGGAUACUCAAGAAAGCAUUCAAGGCCUCUCUACAUGGUGUCUUAAUCAUAAAUCAGAUUUGAACCACAUCAUCAAAUGUUGGCUAAAAGCAAUAAAAAAGAGUAAACCUGAACAAUGUCUUACAUUGUUUUACCUCGCCAAUGAUGUCAUCCAGCACAGCAAAAAGAAGAACUUGUUAGACCUUGUUUCAGCUUGGGAAUUUGCACUGAAAGAAGCUACUCCAUAUGCAAGAGAGGAGAAAGUACGAACUCGUGUGUUACGUAUUUUCAAAAUUUGGGAAGAAAGAGAUGUCUACAGUAACUCUUUUGUGGAUGAGCUAUCAAUGUUAUUGGAUUCUCCUAUGAAAACUGAAACAAAACCUACUGUGAAGCAAAGUUCUGAUUUUGAAUCCAGCCAUCUGAUUGACAAGAUCCACCAGUGUAGGACUUUGGAAGAGGAUACUGACCUGAAGCAGCGGACAUUGACUGAAUCUAAGGUCAAGAUAACUGAGGUUGACGUACUUCGAGCUUGUGUUAAAGAGCGUCGUAAAACCGAUGAUUUUUUCAAUGAGUUCGAUACCAGUGUCGGAAGAAUGGAGGAGUACGUUAAAGCCCUAGAAGUUGAAACGCGGGAGAGAGCAUCCCUCAUAAGUUUUCUGGAACAAGCAGAUCUUUUUUACGAAGCACAGCGAGGAGAGUUCAAAGUUGUUUGCACGGCUUACAAGCAAUUUGGAAGUAGAAUAAAGGGUGUUAAGCGUAAGCUCGAGGAAAUGAUGCAAAGUCUCCCCAAAACAAGUGAAACAAAGCAGGCUCAUAUGGCAAAUAUCGAUGCUCCGUCGCCUACAUCAUCGACAGUGUCUGACUUGGAGCUUCCUGAUGCAUUUGUUCAACCUAGAAGAACUGGUGAAAGUUCACGUAAACAACAAGAAGUUAUGCAAGCCAUGGAUCUCGAUUCUAGGAUCACUUCCUUCCUGGCAGCAGGUCCUCAGGGUCUUGGUGGAUCGUUUUUGUCGGCAAGUCCGGUCAAAUCGGAUACUCCCAACGUGCAAGCCUGCCUACCAAGCAAGCCUGUCUUGCCACCUUCUGUUGAUACCUAUCCAUUUUAUCCAGCAGUCAACAGCCCUUUUGGCAACCUUGCAUCAUUAUUGGUUCCGCCGCCACCGCCGCCUCCUCCACCCCCCUUAAUGCCGCCUCCCGUAUUUCAGGAUCUACCACGACCAGAACCGCCUCCACCGCCACCGAUUUCUCUACUCGGUCCAAAACCCUGGUCGAAAAACAGUCCGGUCCACCACCCUCUACCUUCGCGAAUACCUUCUUGGGGUAUGGAAGAAUCAGUUAGCAACAACGGAACCAGCAAAAUCAAUAGUCAUCAUACGUCAACAUACUUUCCAUCUCAAGACGUUGAUCUCAGAAGUGGCCAGCGGCCGAUCGAUCAUCGCAAUCUUAUUUCGCUAACAAGUGGCCCGGAUAAGUAUUCGCCACCGACUUCUGAUCCCCAUAGUAGUAUCGAACCUUCUAUCGGGGAAGAGGAGAUUUCAAGCUGGCUCAAAGACGUUCUAAAGGCACAAGAAGCAAGGGAGCGUAAACCGGCCGAUUUGAAUGAGCAAGUUUUAAAUCUUUUGGAUUCUUUCGAUCAUGACCAAGGCAACUUUUUGUCGCGAGACGGUCAAGUGUCGGGAGGAACGCCAGCUGGAGGGACAAAGAUAAAGAGCCUCAUCGACUCUCACCAUCCUUAUUCGAAUCACCACUCCCGGGUAACGCCGACAUCAAAAACUACUUUUGUUGGCAGUGAGCAAUCCCGUAGCGAGGCCCCACCUGUUAUACCAGAUCCUCCUUCAAAAGUACCUAGCCUAAUGGCGACUGUGUUGUACCCGGAUCGACCCCCAUAUACAACUGCAGGAUUGGAUAGUAGCGCAACUCGUCACCCGUUUGAUCAACAAUCGCCACGAGCCCGAAGCAUCAACAGCUCAGCAACGUCAACUUUAAGCCCUUCGAUUCGUGGGUUCAGCCCUGCACGUUUUUCCCGCCCACCAUAUCCGCGUGGAUCACGGUGGUAGCGGCUGUUGACAUCGAAAAUGUGUGUCUAAUAACGCUACUGGUUAUCAUGACUCUUCAAUUUUAUAAACAAGCACAUCAUCAGGACCGGUCGUCGGUGAAUUUCGGAUCUCUUCCUGACUAGAUUGUUAAUUUUUCUUCCUUUUUUUCCCUCGCAUUGUUUUGUGUCAUUUAUCUUAAACAAGUGAAUUGGCUUCUGGCAUCAUGAGAAGAAUUCUUAUUGUUUGGCCACAUGGCGGCAUAUAUCCUCAUUCGCUUGCCUCCUGUGUGUGUUGUGUAUGUGACAGAACUAAUCCUAUCUUUAAAUAGUCACGUAAACUAGAUUGAUUUACCUUAAACAAAACAAAAUGAGAUGACAACCAGAUACUAUGAGGUUGUAAAACGGUUCUUUAGGCUGCCAGAGUAGAGAGAGAGAGAGAGUAAAUCCCUCCGGAAGGGAAGUAUGGUCAAAUUACACCGGCUGGUUGACAAACACUUUGAGUACUUGGAUCAUUGAUCAGAGCUGCUCGGCAAUUUACUUCUCGUUUACCCAACGGUUGGUCUGCACCACCUUGGGGAAUGAACGAUUUUAUUUUGAUUAUUAUUAUUUUCACAACAAAAAUUUAGUACUACGUGAAAAUUGCACUGCCAAAGCAAACAGAGCGCAACGUAUUCGAAUCAAUCGUCUAUUCCUGAAAGACCGCCGGCUACGUUUCUGGUAAUUUUUUACUUGUUUUUUUUUUUUUUUUUUUCAUGUAAAUUACUUUUAUUCAAACACCGUAGCGGAACAGAUGAUUUUAACACAUAAUGGUAUUGCAUAGUGAUUUUUCGUUUCGCGUCAAAUUCAAGUGCAAUACGUUAUUGAGUUCCGAUUUUUUAAUUUUUUUUUCGUUCUUGUUUUUGAUUGGCCAAUUUUGAUUCUAAGAUACAAGUGAAAGCGCGUUGUUAUUUUCCCCGUUAUUCAAUAAAUAAUGUGUUGAUGAAUCGCGCUAACUGCCAAUAUGGAACGAUUCGUACAAUAGUUUUUUAAUCUUCUUUAAAUAUUAUGUGUUGCUCCUUAAGAUAAGGAAACGAAGUAGUAAGAACGAGCCCGCGAAUCUCCACGUAUUGCUUCUACGGUAUUCGUAAACUUCAUCUAUCUCGAAAUCUCCAAACAUUUGAUCUCCCAAGUCACGCUUCGUUUAAAGUUUUUUAAUCCAAACUAAAGGGUGAUAUGUUAUGCAUAGUUAUUUUCGACUGUAGACCAAAGUUUUGUUCUCAAAGUUCCCCAAUUGUGUGAUAAAGCAAACAAUAAAGUAAGGAUGCCUUUCAUUA